CAUCAUCUCCUUCACCCAAUCUUUCCUCCGGAGGGGGUGGGGGGGAAAGGCGAUGGCCGAUUGUGUCGAUUCUUUAGCCAAUCGUGGCACUGCGUGGUCUAUCUUGCUCUCUCUUAUUGGAUAAGGAGAGUACAGCGUGGCGGAUGUUGUUGCCUCAACCCGAGCCUAAGCAGGCAAGAUGGCGUCGAGUGGUAGGGAGAUCGGCAGCAUACUGAGCCACCACGUCCAAAAGUCUGCAUGCGACACUCGAGCCAAGUACCGAGAGGGGCGACGACCUCGUGCUGUUAAGGUAUAUACAAUUAAUUUGGAAUCUCGGUACUUAUUAAUUCAAGGAGUUCCUGCAGUAGGAGCAAUGAAGGAACUAGUUGAGCGAUUUGCUCUCUAUGGUGCAAUUGAGCAGUAUAAUCCUCUUGAUGAAUAUCCAGCAGAAGAUUUUACAGAAGUUUAUCUUAUUAAAUUUGUGAAUUUACAAAGUGCAAGGACAGCCAAGCGAAAAAUGGAUGAACAGAGUUUCUUUGGUGGAUUGCUUCAUGUAUGCUAUGCCCCAGAAUUUGAGACAGUAGAAGAAACUAGGAAAAAAUUACAAGAGAGGAAGACUUAUAUAACAAGAACUACUAAAAAUAAAGAUCAUUACAUGACAAAGGAGAAACUGAUUACAAAAUAUAACAAAGAUUUUACGCAGGAUUUACAUUUGGAAACAUCUGGAUUUUGUGCUGCCACUUCAGACACCCCUGGGAACUCAUGUCCUUCACUUCCUUAUUCUUGUGAAUUGCCUUUAUGUUACUUCUCUUCAAAAUAUAUGUGUUCAUCAGGAGUGCAUCUGAAUGAUGUGUCACAGUCUUCCCAGGAUGGUAGAAACCCUUAUGAAACAGUGGAACAUUGUAACCACAAUGACUUCUUGGAGAAAGAACAGGUGAAAACAUUAAAAAAUUCAGCGGUCAGUCCUCAUUCUCAGAAGAGUACUACUCCUUCAGAAGCAGUUGGCAGAUUUAUGCCGAGGACAACACAACUGCAGGAGCGGAAAAGAAGAAGAGAAGAUGAUCUUAAACUAGGAAUUUUUCUCAAAACAAGUACCAGUAGUAGUGAGGUUAUGAUUGGGCCCCAGUUACCAGACAUACCGAAAGUGGAUAUGCAAGAUGACUCAUUGAAUACAACUGCAAAUUUAAUUCGGAAUAAACUUAAACAGGUGGGGAGUCGGGGACUCAACCGGGAUCCUUACGCUGGUCUUUGCAUGUCGCGCCAUGUGCACUUAACCUGCUGCACUACCGCCCAACCCCCGGUAAUUUCAUCAGUGUCAGAGUCUCCAGAGCACAAGCCAGAAGUGCAUACAAGUCGUCCAUUAAAACAAAGAAGAAGAAUAUAGGCUGUCAGGAGCUGAUUGAAAUUUUGCUAAGGGACUGUUUUGUUUGUUUGUUUGUAUUUCUGCCUAACUCUUGAAGAGAGAUUUUACUACUGGUAUUUUUUAAUGCAUUCCUCUCUAUAAUCUCAUUCAAACUACUUGUUUAAUACAGCUUUUUCUUUCAAAAUUAGUUUAUAGUGACAUAUCAUAGAUGUUAAUAUUUUGAUCCAUACUUAACAUUAUACAGACUGGCCUUAUAACAUUAGCUUUCACUUGCAAUAACAAUAUAAAAGUUAAUUGAAGUAAAUAUAGAAACUUUGCAGUACAAAUGAAGCUGGACAGACAGCAUCUGUUUCUUUUAAUAGAAGUAUUGAGUGAUUGCUUGACAUUCAAAACCUAGAAAUUGGGAUGUGUCUGAAUGCCAGGACUUCAAAAUCAAGACAUUUCUGUAAGGUUGAAAAAGAAAUUGUCUGUUAGAACAAAGCUGAAAUUAGAAGUUCAUGUGCUUUAGCAUCUUAGAAUUUACUUGAUCUGUGGCAUAAACAAAUCAUAAAUGCUAGAUUUCUACCACUACUUUCAUCAUACCCACAUUUUUUUCUUAGUUCAAGUAUGUUCAGUCCAAGUAUGUUAUUUCGAUUUAAAAAAAGAGAAGAAAAAAAAAAAAACAAACAUCAAUGAGAGACUGAAAACCAGAACACCACUCUGGCGUAUGAGAUGUUGGGAACCAAACUCAGGAACACAUACUUGAGAAUCUGACACUGUCCAUUGUGCCGUCUGGACCACUACUACUAUUUUUUUAAUUGAUAAAAGUAAUGUGAUGGUCAUUAACAAAU